GGGUGUGUGUGUGUGUGUGUGUGUGUGUGUUUGUAAAAAAGAAGUCAUCACAUUUGAGCUGGAAUUGUAAGUAAAGCAUCCUCUUACAUCUUCUUGUUUCUUGAUUUUUUGAUCCUCCCCAUGGAUUUCAGCUGUUAAAGUUAAAGUCUUUGGACUUGGAAAAUGAGAGGGAGAGGAAAAGGAGGGAAGGAAAGACUGGAGGGUUGACAAAUUAGUUGAUGGAAGUAGAUAGAGAAGAGUCCAGAGAAGAAGUUGACAAGACCUCAAAUUAACAUGUCUUUAUUUGUAGAAUUAGGGGUUAAGUUUCCACAAAUGGAAGUUUGGAUCCGUUGCUGUUGACCAGAUCUGACUACCCAUUUCAUUUUCACCUCCUUUUAGCUCACCCAUACAUUCACAUCUCCUGAAUUGGCACCCACUUUCGGCCUUUAUUUGAGUGUCUGAGCAUGGAAAUUGGUUUGUUAAAACCCACCAUUCACAUUCCCAAAUCAUUCUUACCAACAAAAGAAAGUCAUAAUUUGAUUGAGAAAUGACUGGUCGGUUGAUGUUAGAGGGGUUGAAAGGUAACUUGUUGUACUGCCCAGAUAAGGAUUUUGAUGGAGGAGAUGUCACCGGCGGUCGCGGUGCCAUUUAGAGUAGGUAACUCAGUCUGUGAUAACCCAACUAUAGCUACCCACAUGAAUAUUACAAGUCUUAAGCUAAUGACAGACAGUGCGGGGUUGCUAUCUGAUUCUGUCACCAGGAGUUCCACUGAGGCGGUUGCAGCUGGCGAAGAGGAUUGUAAUUGUAGUCAUUCAGGGAAUGAAGUUAGUGUUGUUGCAGUAUCGGUCGCAGAAGAGGAAAAAGGAGGAGGAGAUCCGUUGUUAGAUAUGAUACCUCAAGACGAAAGCAAUCGGGUUGCUACUGGUAAUGUGAUGGCUGGGGAAAGUGAGGAAGAUGAUUGCUUAUCAUUGGAGGGUGAUCAGAUACUUGAUAGCUCUUGUUCAUUCUCAGUGGCGAGUGAGUCAAGUAGCUUAUGUUUAGAGGACUUCCUGGUGUAUGAGACAACCUCUGAAGGAGUAACACUGAGUUCUAUAGACAUUGACAGGAACAGUUGUUUUGGUGAUGUUACUAAGGUGGCUGAUAUAGGUGAUUCAAAAAUUGAGACAGAGAUCACUACUGAUCCACUUUCUUUCUCAGUGAGCCUUGGGGAAGAAACUGGUCAUGGGUCUGACCCAAUGCCAUCUGAUGUUGUUGUUCAAUUGCCUGUGGAAGUAGGGGUCAAAGAAACAGUCAGCCGCAGUGUUUUUGAGGUAGAAUAUGUUCCACUUUGGGGGUUUACAUCCUUGUGUGGGAGAAGACCAGAGAUGGAAGAUGCAUUAGCAACUGUACCUCAGUUUUCAAAGAUUCCAAUUCAAAUGCUGAUAGGUGACCGAGUACUGGAUGGCAUGAGCAAGUGUAUAAAUCAGACUGUUCAUUUCUUUGGAGUCUAUGAUGGUCAUGGAGGCUCUCAGGUGGCAAAUUAUUGUCGUGAUCGUAUGCAUUUGGCUUUGGCGGAGGAGAUAGAAUUUGUUAAGGAGGGCCUAGUUCACACAAGUAUCAAAGAUAAUUGCCUAGAGCAAUGGAAUAAGGCAUUUACCAACUGUUUUCUUAAGGUUGAUGCUGAAGUUGGAGGGAAGGAUAGUCUUGAUCCUGUUGCCCCUGAAACAGUUGGUUCCACUGCUGUUGUGGCCCUUAUUUGUUCGUCUCAUAUCAUAGUGUCAAACUGUGGUGAUUCAAGAGCAGUUCUGUGUCGUGGGAAAGAACCCAUGGCAUUGUCAGUGGAUCAUAAACCAAAUCGAGAAGAUGAAUAUGCAAGAAUUGAGGCAGCUGGAGGCAAGGUCAUACAAUGGAAUGGGCAUCGUGUGUUUGGUGUUCUUGCUAUGUCAAGGUCAAUAGGCGAUAGAUAUUUAAAACCAUGGAUCAUUCCAGAUCCAGAAGUGAUGUUUAUUCCUCGAACCAAAGAUGAUGAAUGCCUCAUUUUAGCCAGUGAUGGUUUAUGGGAUGUUAUGACGAAUGAAGAAGCGUGUGACCUUGCUCGGAGACGAAUACUCUUAUGGCACAAGAAGAAUGGUGUUACACUUCCACUGGAAAGAGGUGAGGGAAUUGAUCCUGCUGCUCAAGCAGCGGCGGAGUUCCUUUCCAGCCGUGCCCUUCAAAAAGGAAGUAAGGACAACAUCACGGUGAUUGUGAUAGAUUUGAAGGCUCAGAGGAAGUUUAAAAGCAAAACAUGAUGGUUGCUUCAUCCCUCGUACUGGAUCAAUUACCAUUAGCUGUAUGGUAUGGAAUUUCGUAUGAUCUGAUAUAUUGUUGCCCAUUUGUUUUUCACCGGGGCUUCAUUGCUUGUUGAGAACUGCAGUCUGUAUGUAUCACAUAGAACAUCUGCAAUUUUAGAAUCUUUGGUUUAAAACUGUUUGAUAUAAACCGUGCCCAGUUCUGUCUCUGUAAAUCUUAGCUGCAUGUAGUAGGGAUAGGAAAUGGUUGCAGCAUGAUGCUUUUAACAUUCCGGGCAAAUUGUAUUCAUUAUUGCCACCGAGUUAAUCAGCUCAGUGAGGUAUAUACUUAAUUAUUUCAA